CAACUCGCAAUCACGAUGGCGCCACGUUAUCUUUACCCCUCCCCUUACCGAACUGUCAAAUCGAGGAACGUUGUUUGUAUACGAAAUUUUUAUCAGUUUUCAGCCUCAAGUAUAAUCCGGGGACUUCGAACAAGUGAAUAAGAUCAGAAUGAAUCGUACAAUGGAUGAAAAAGAAGAAUUGGUCAAAAAGUCUUUAUUUAGUUUUGUGAGGAAAGAGGUACCCACUGCCCAAUUAAGUUUAAUAGAUGAUAUUGUUUUGAGUUAUGUGGUAAGUAUGGUAGAAGAAAGUGCACUUGAGGAAGAUUUGGAUGUUGAUGGAUUAUGUGAAAUGGUUUCUGCUUGCCUUCCUGAGUUUUCUACCAUUGAAAAAGAAGCAGUAUCUAAAUGGUUGUUAGAUAUUGAAAGCAAAUUACGGCAAGAAACUAAAGAAAAUGAAAAUUGUCAACCUCAGGAUCCUUUGAGUCAUAUUAGUUUAACAGCUUUGUUACCUCCUGGUACACAAAGAAUGAGAGUUCAUCAUCUUUCAGAAACAAGUGAUGCUGGAAGUGAUUCUAGUGGAGAAUAUUUUUCAGAAGAAUCAUCUUGGCAUCAAGUAGCACUUCUGCAAGAAAUGUUUCCAGCUGCAAGUCCAGCAGAAGCUAGACAUUGCUUAGCAGUUGCAGGUGGUGAUAUAGCAAAAGCAGCACAGCUUGCACUUCAUAGACAAGAAGCAGGACAAAGUCUUGUUAGUAAUCUUACUUUUCUAACACCAAAUGGUCGUAACAAGGCCAGAGUAAAUGACGAGGAAUUGAAAUCACGUAUCAUCGCACGAUAUAGUUACGUUGAUAGAGAUGAUGAUUCACGUGAGCAUCGUCCAGUCGCCCCGAAAACGGAACCAAAAAAAUUAGUACGUUAUUUAGAUAACAAGAUUGUAAGUGUGAAAGGUGAACGUUAUACUGAAGUAAGAAGAGGUGGUGAAGAGGAAGAUGGGAAUGAAGGUGGUAGAAAAAGAGGUCAUUGCCGACCGUAACCAGUCCCUUUGCCUCCACCCCCCGAUCCACCCCCUUGGAGGCAUCUAAUUUCAAAUUAAAGCUUUCACUUACAUUCUCUUGUAUUGCUUAAAAAA